AUGAAAUCGAAAUUUAUUUAUUUAUUUGUAAUAUAUUUAAUUUACAAUUUCGCUAAUGUUGUUAAUUCAGCAGAAUGUGGCAGCAAUGCUCCUCCUUUAGAACAAUACCAAAUAGAUAAUCCAAAUCCUUGGUCUCAUUCUCUAUCCUUAAUCGAUUCCAACCGUUUACUGCUUGACUUCGGUGGAGUUGGUCAAUUUAGUCGUGCCGUUGCAGAGAAAAUCUAUUUUAAUAUACCAAGAUCAGUUCAACUAAGAUUCUAUAUCAACGAUAUCUAUGACCUGUUCUUCACUGUCUACGAUUUCAAUGGAGUACCAUGUAAUCAUACCACCUCUAUCAAUUCAACAUUGACACUGCCAAAGAUAGAUAUUGUCCAACCAAAGUGCCUUUACGCCAAUGCCACAAUCACUCCAAUCAAUAAUACCUAUAUCAAUGCUCAAUCAUUCAUCAUCGAAAAUCCCCUUUUCCCAGCGCCAGAAUUUGAAAUGACAGCAUAUACUCCAACUUUCCAAUAUAGAGUUGGUAUGAACGGUGUCUAUUCUCUUAAAUAUGAUACCGGAUAUCCAUCACUUAUUAAUCUACAAGCCCAGAAUGACUUGGUUCCAUUGGUUAAUUACCCAGCAGGUAUACUUGGAAAGAACAAUUCUAUGACCAUCUUGAAUCCACAGAGUUUCACUUCGAUCAAGUUAUACGAUCCACAAGGUGUUGAAGUUGCUCCAACCUCUACAAACACAUACACAAUUGUGAAUUCAAUAACCUAUCAAAUGGUUGCUGUUUCAAAUACAUGUGGAACUCAAGUACUGCCAGUCAAUUCUGACAAUAUUCCAGUUCUUAAAAGUAAUGUCCACUCAUACAAUUGCGAAAGCCGGACUGUCGAUGUUUCCUUUGGAUUCGACUACAAUGUCACUGGAACCGACUAUUCAUUAUCGUAUCUAGGAUAUCCAUAUGUAGCUGAUUCAAUCCUUACACUUGAAGAAUCGUCGAGCGUAACUAUUAAACUCGAUGGCCAAUUCUCGACAAGUUAUUAUUUUUUGAUCUCACCAUUCAUCAGCAAUCUCACAUACACAGUCGAUUCCUAUCCAACUUGUUUCUCUGAUGGAUCGAUUCAAUUCAAUUACGAUGGUGAUAUUUCCAAGGUCAAAGUAGAUGGUGCACCACUCCAAAGUAAAACAAUGCCAUUUUUAUAUGACAAUAUUCAUACUAUUAAACCAUUGUGUGGAUAUAGUUUUACUCUUCGUCACAAUGUCUUUCCACUGUAUUCCGUAGACUCAACAUCAAGCGAUUGUCUUGGAACUUCCAGUAUUGUUAUUACCAACUACAAAUCUUUCCAUGAAUUGAAUCUCACCGAUACAAAACUCAAUAUCAACUAUACAAUCAACUCUGACGGGGUUUUCACAGACGUUAUCAACUCUAACAAUUUGUUACUCAGUUAUAGAAAUUACGCCAAUUGUUCAAUUAUCCAAACCACUCUUAAUUAUAUUAUUAAAAAUGAACCCGAUGUUUCAACAUUUGAUUUCAAAAGACAAAUUCUUACUCCAACAACAUCAUGCCAAGAUAAGGUAUCAGUAAAUUUCGAAAUGGUCAACCAUGGUAUACUUAUUGAUAACGUUACAUUGAAUCUCAAUAUUGGAGAAAUAUAUGCUCAUCAAAUCAAAUAUGGAGCAUGUCCUCCAAUUUCAUACAUCCUUGAAGUCGAUGAUUCAUUAAAUGCAACGACCUACAAAAUAAUUAGACCUGCCAUUUGUAAAGAUUCAUUGGCAUUGGUUCAAUUCGAAUCUGUAGAUCUAUUAAAUUUGGAUAGCUUGUAUGUCGAUGGAUACAAUAAUGGUUUUGAUAGCAACUCAGUAAUUAUCCAAGUUUCAACUGGAAAACACAGAGUCGAACUUAUCUAUUUUAAUGACGAAGGAAGUUGUUUAACCGUGUUGGAAAUCGAUAUUCCAUACACAAAGGAUAUUGAAAUCGCAUACACUGUCACCAAUCAAGAUUCAACCAACUGCAGCUUUGCAACUGGUGCCGUCCAUUUCUCAAAUAUUACCGACUAUUUUUCAUUGGAGUAUGAUGGAAUGAAAGUAGACUCCUCAGGAACAAUGAAUAAUUUCCAAGCAGGUGAUUACUUUUUUGAAUUUAAUCAUACAGUUUGUGGAGUUGGUCAAAUCACAAUUCCAAUCGUUACCGAUGGUCAAGUUAUCCUAGAGGAAAUCUAUCAACCAACCUGUAUUAAUAACCAACAAUCUGAUGGUAUCCAUCGUGUCACUGUAUUUGAUAGAUUAGGAAAUAGAAUUAGAAAUAUCACAACCAAUCCAAGAUAUUCAUUCGAUAAUAUGGGAAUUAUUGCUGGUCUCUAUGAUGAAUAUGAAAAUAGAAUCCAAUACCUCAACUGUGUUUGGAUGAUUAAAGGUGAAAUUCCCUUUGCAGAUAUUGAAAUCACAUAUUCUGAUAUUAAACCGUUUACCUCAUACCCUGGAUCAUUUAAUUUCCAUCUUAGUAGACCUAUUAGAAUUAACACUGCAACUAUUUCUGGAUAUGGAGCUCCAUUUGUUUACCCCAAUCAUAUAGAUUUCGCUUUGCUGCCAGGAAAUCAAAAUCCAGUCCAAAUAAUGUAUAAUGAUUUAUGUCUUCUUUAUAGACCACCACCAAUCAGUCCAGCAGAACCAGAUUUCGGUAUCAAAGUUUUCACAAAAUGUGGGACAAUGGAUAAUUAUGCUCAAUUCCCACAGAGUGUUGUCGAUAACUAUUAUAUUGGUACGGACAAUGGUGUUCCAGAUGAAAAUAAUCUAAUACCGAUGAACAGAGGACUCUAUAUAUUGUUAACAUCGAAAGCUACUGGUCAACUCCAUUUCAUUCGAUUGGAUAAUACAAAUAUUGAAGCACCAUCCAAUGUUCAAUACACCUUCACCAGUGAAUCAUGUUUUGGAAGUUCCGAUGGUUCCAUUACCAUCAUUAACCCAGAUGCAUCAUUAACCUACAGUCUCUCUGGUUUUACAACCUACCCACUACCAGUCAAUGGAAGUUGGACUGGUCUACCUGUUGGUGAAUAUCAAUUAUCUGUAACCAAUACCUCCUCGAUAUCCUGUAAUCAAAUAUAUCCGAUUAUUAUCAGUAGUAACGAACCAGUUGUAAAUCCAUCAGUAGUAAGACAAUGUGUUGCUGGAGGAAAUGGAAUUGUUGCAUUCUCAACAAUCGUUAGCAAUCAACAAGCCAAGAAUGUAGUGUAUUCAGUUGAUGGUGUUGAAAGUAAUUCCGAACAAGUAUUAUUGCCAUCAGGUAAUUACACAGUCAAGGCAUUUGUUAAAGAUAGUACUUGCCGUCAAUUUGUAAACCAAGAUUUCACAAUCCAAUCGAAUAUCAUUGAAGCCGAAGUUACAUCAUCGAUUUGUUCGACAGCCAGUAUCAAAGCAACAUCAGAACUUCAAGAUCAAUUGAUCAUUAGAUUGAUUAAUGUUACAAAUGGUGGUAAUUCAUUGGUUGGUCAAGCAAUCAAUGGAAACACAGCCAACAUCACCAAUCUCUCUCGUGGAACCUAUCAAUUCACAGUUGCCGAAUCAUCUGGAUGUUUAAUGACAACAACAUCAUUCAACAUUCUUGAAUGUCCAACACAACCACCAACUGAAACUCCAACACAAACACCUGUCAAUCAUUCAUACCAACUUUCACCAUCAUCCUCUUUAUUAUUAUUCACUUUCUUUACAAUUAUUUCAAUGUUAUUCGUUUAUAACAAUUAA